GGAAUGCUGUUAUCUCCUUGCAGGAAGAAGACUCAUCCUCUAGCUGCGAGGCUGUCGCUGGAGGCAGCGAAUAUAUCCGGAAAGCUUUUCAGAAAAGAGGACUAGAUGCCCCGGCUGUGGAGAUUAUGAUGAGCUCGAUAGCUCCUUCAACAAUGAAACAAUAUCAAAGCUCUCUACGGCGAUGGAGAGAAUUUAGUAAAAAUAACGGAGUCGACAUGUAUCAGGCGGGCAGUACACAAGUAAUACAAUUUCUUACGAAAAGAUAUCACGAAGGAGCCGGUUAUGGGACACUGUGUUCCGACAGAUCGGCGAUUGCACUGAUUUCAUCACACGAAAUCGGCAAAAGCGAACUGAUCUCUCGUUUUCUUCGAGGAGUUUAUAGGAAGAAACCCGCAAAGCCUCGCUACGACACUACAUGGGACGUAGCACCAGUCUUCGACUACAUCGAGGAAAUGCCGGCAAUGCAAAAUCUUUCGUUCAAGGAAAACACAGAAAAAAUCGCAACCUUGCUGGCCCUGGUUACGGCGCAUAGGCUACAAACAUUAGCUUUAAUAAAAACAGAAAAUAUAGUAAUAAGUACAGCGGGAAUCACUAUUAAGAUUCCUGAUAUGAUAAAAACAUCAAGGCCAGGCAAAAGUCAACCAGAACUUUCCCUCCCCUUUUUCAAAGAAAGGCCGAAACCAUGUGCAGCCACUACGAUUAUAGAGUAUUUGGAGCAUACAAGGGACUUGAGAGGAGCGCUCAACAAGAACCUGUUAAUCGCCACAAAAAAGCCUCACCACGAUGCAUCGGCACAGACCAUCGGGCACUGGAUAAAAAAUUUACUAAAAAGGGCCGGCGUGAAUACAGAACAAUUCACAGGCUACAGUACACGACACGCGGCCGUUUCAGCGGCUCUACGUAAGGGCGUGGAUGUAGGGACAAUCAGAAGAACAGCAGGAUGGUCGGAACGCUCGCAGGUUUUCGCGAGAUUCUACAAUAAGCCAAUUCAAACUGAAACAAAUCUUUUUGUAUCGACCAUCUUACGGAAAUACAAAAUAGCUAUCACGACAGCGCUAAAUGUCUACAAGUAAAAUCAUCGAGAACGAGACGCGUAAUAUAAUUAAACGAUCAAACGAGCCCGCCGAAGGCGGGCGAAGUUCGAUCGCAAUUAUAUGAAGCGUCUCGUUCGAAGAUGAUCCUCCCACCUUACCCCUAAAGAGACACCAAAAAUUCUUAUAAACCCCGGAUCAUCGUCAUGAGAGCUAUACCUUAAAACUUUUUAUUUCAUCUCUAAAAUAUAUGAGGAUAGAGGGCGCCACCGGAUAGCACCAGAGGCGCAGUCAGGGGUGCCCUCACACAAAAAAAAAAAAAAAAACUCUGAAAAUUGUGAAAUAUGCCGCAACUGACGUUACUACAAGUAAAAUCAUCUUCGAACGAGACGCUUCAUAUAAUUGCGAUCGAACUUCGCCCGCCUUCGGCGGGCUCGUUUGAUCGUUUAA